CUCACAGGGGUAACUGAGUCAUGAGGGGUGGAGAAGAGGGCGAGAGGGAGAGAGGAUAAAUAGCAGCGUGGCUUCCCCGGCUCCUCUCUGCAUCCUCCCCGACCUUCCCAGCAAUAUGCAUCUUGCACGUCUGGUCGGCUCCUGCUCCCUCCUUCUGCUACUGGGGGCCCUGUCUGGAUGGGCGGCCAGCGAUGAUCCCAUUGAGAAGGUCAUUGAAGGGAUCAACCGAGGGCUGAGCAAUGCAGAGAGAGAGGUGGGCAAGGCCCUGGAUGGCAUCAACAGUGGAAUCACGCAUGCCGGAAGGGAAGUGGAGAAGGUUUUCAACGGACUUAGCAACAUGGGUAGCCACACCAGCAAGGAGUUGGACAAAGGCGUCCAGGGGCUCAACCACGGCAUGGACAAGGUUGCCCAUGAGAUCAACCAUGGUAUUGGACAAGCAGGAAAGGAAGCAGAGAAGCUUGGCCAUGGGGUCAACAACGCUGCUGGACAGGUUGGGAAGGAGGCAGACAAACUGAUCCAUCAUGGGGUCCAUCACGGGGCCAACCAGGCGGGAAGUGAGGCAGGGAGGUUUGGCCAGGGAGUCGACAAUGCUGCAGGGCAGGCUGGAAAUGAGGCUGGGAGGUUUGGCCAGGGAGUCCACCAUGCUGCAGGGCAGGCCGGAAAUGAGGCUGGGAGGUUUGGCCAGGGAGUCCACCAUGCUGCAGGGCAGGCCGGAAAUGAGGCUGGGAGAUUUGGCCAGGGGGCCCACCAUGGUCUCAGUGAGGGCUGGAAGGAGACAGAGAAGUUUGGCCAGGGGAUCCACCAUGCUGCUGGUCAGGUUGGGAAGGAGGCAGAGAAGUUUGGCCAGGGGGCCCACCAUGCUGCGGGGCAGGUCGGAAAUGAGGCAGGGAGAUUUGGCCAGGGGUUCCACCAUGGUCUCAGUGAGGGCUGGAGGGAGACAGAGAAGUUUGGCCAGGGGGUCCACCAUGCUGCUGGUCAGGUUGGGAAGGAGGCAGAGAAGUUUGGCCAGGGGGCUCACCAUGCUGCGGGGCAGGCCGGAAAUGAGGCAGGGAGAUUUGGCCAGGGGGCCCACCAUGCUGCGGGGCAGGCCGGAAAUGAGGCUGGGAGGUUUGGCCAGGGGAUCCACCAUGGUCUCAGUGAGGGCUGGAAGGAGACAGAGAAGUUUGGCCAGGGGGUCCACCAUGCUGCCGGUCAGAUUGGGAAGGAAACAGAGAAGCUCGGCCACGGGGUCCACCAUGGGGUUAAUGAGGCCUGGAAGGAAGCAGAGAAGUUUGGCCAGGGCGUCCACCAUGCUGCCUCGCAGGUGGGGAAGGAGGAAGACAGAGUGAUCCAAGGCCUCCAUCAUGGCGUUAGUCAGGCUGGAAGGGAGGCGGGGCAGUUUGGCCACGACAUUCACCACACAGCAGGGCAGGCUGGGAAAGAGGGAGACAUAGCAGUUCAUGGUGUCCAACCUGGGGUCCAUGAGGUCGGGAAGGAGGCAGGGCAGUUUGGCCAGGGAGUUCACCAUACCCUUGAACAGGCCAGGAAGGAAGCAGACAAAGCGGUCCAGGGGUUCCACACUGGGGUCCACGAGGCCGGGAAGGAGGCAGGGCAGUUUGGCCAGGGAGUUCACCAUACCCUUGAACAGGCCGGGAAGGAAGCAGACAAAGCGGUCCAGGGGUUCCACACUGGGGUCCACGAGGCCGGGAAGGAGGCAGGGCAGUUUGGCCAGGGAGUUCACCAUACCCUUGAACAGGCCGGGAAGGAAGCAGACAAAGCGGUCCAAGGGUUCCACACUGGGGUCCACCAGGCUGGGAAGGAAGCAGAGAAACUUGGCCAAGGGGUCAACCAUGCUGCUGACCAGGCUGGAAAGGAAGUGGAGAAGCUUGGCCAAGGUGCCCACCAUGCUGCUGGCCAGGCCGGGAAGGAGCUGCAGAAUGCUCAUAAUGGGGUCAACCAAGCCAGCAAGGAGGCCAACCAGCUGCUGAAUGGCAACCAUCAAGGCGGAUCUUCCAGCCAUCAAGGAGGGGCCACAACCACGCCGUUAGCCUCUGGGGCCUCGGUCAACACGCCUUUCAUCAACCUUCCCGCCCUGUGGAGGAGCGUCACCAACAUCAUGCCCUAAACUGGCAUCCGGCCUUGCUGGGAGAAUAAUGUCGCCGUUGUCACAUCAGCUGACAUGACCUGGAGGGGUUGGGGGUGGGGGACAGGUUUCUGAAGUCCCUGAAGGGGGUUGUACUGGGAUUUGUGAAUAAACUUGAUACACUA